AUGUCGUUACCAACUCCAGCUAUGUCGGGCGAGUUUAUCAUCCAAGACAAAAAUGUUACAGAUACCUUUACUUUGCCACCUGCCGCAUUGAGCCCACAGAGUCGGCGUUCAUCCCGAUCAGAUCCUUCCUAUGUUCCAGCUUCGCCCACUUCCCCUGAUUUGUCUGGUCGUCGUGCAAGUCACACAGGUCGGUCGGCAGUCAAGCGUCCACUCGAGGACUUCGAUCUGCCUCCCCCACCAACUCGAACCCGCAAGAUUAUCCAGAUGAAGCCAAAAUCGCUCUCAGCAAGAUCUGCAAAGACGAAAGACAACGGGAAAGAUUCCCAGCAGAGCUCAGAGCCGGCACCAAAUCCAUCAAGUGGCUCGAAGAGGAAACAGCCUAGUGCAACGAGUGCAGCGGGCCGUAAGAUUGCCCGCAAGACUGCACACAGUUUGAUCGAGCGUCGAAGACGAUCAAAGAUGAAUGAGGAGUUUGGGACGCUCAAGGAUAUGAUUCCCGCUUGCACGGGACAAGAAAUGCAUAAGCUUGCCAUCCUCCAAGCAAGCAUUGACUAUGUCAACUAUUUAGAAAAAUGCAUCCGCGACAUGAAAACAGGAGGUUCAGGCCACACCACGGCUGCACCACCGUCACCAACAUCCCCGGAGUUCAUCACCGAAACAGGUGCCGAGCCUAUGCAGCGUGCACCAUCUUCGACCUACUCUUAUUCUCCAUCCGCAUCCCCAGAAGCAUACGCUCCACCUGAGUUAUUUCCCGAUACCUCCCCGUCUUUCUCCCCUCGGACUCAAGUCCCCUCGGCCCAGAAUAUCCCCGAGUCUCACUCAAUACUGCCAAGUCCAGCACUGGGGCCAAUCUGGGCUUCUCCUGAGAAGAUGCAUGAGAUCCAAGGUGUUGAUCACGAGGCUUCAGCUGCUUUGCUCAUGUUGACCCAGGACAGGAGGGGUACUGCUGAUUCGAUUAGUGAGCAGUUCUCUGGUACUAGUCUGUCCAAGCCCUCUCCAACUCCAUAUGUAUCUCCUGGUACACAGAGGAGGAAGGGCAUGAGUGUUCGGGAUCUUCUUAUCUCGUGA